GAGGUCCUAAUCCUAAGUUCAGGUUGACCAACAAUGGCGGCUGCAUCAACACAUCAGUGGAAAAACGUUGUCGUCGGGCUAGGGAAGGGCGGCAACCCCAAACUGGUUGGCUUUUUCUCUUGCAUCCUUGAUCACUUGUCUACGAAGGAGAAUUCAGCACAUGUCGUCUGCGAGUUGGCCAACAACGUCUUUAGCAUCUCAGCUGUCAGUGACAGUCAUCCAGGGCACCAUAACCCCUCGGCGAUCAAAAGUGUCCUAGGAGAUGGCCACGCAAUCGGCCCUGUCAUUUUGGAGCAUGCACCCCACUGUCCAGUGAGACAUAUGACAGAGCAAGAUCACUUAAGCCUUGCCAGUUCACCUUCUUCUCAUCAACAUGUAGCUGUGGCUGUGGCUGUCAUUUUGGAAUCCUCAGAUGGCAAAGUUCUGAUGACUCAAAGGGCCCAGCACAUGCGGUCAUUCCCCCGUGCGUGGGUACCUCCCGGAGGGCACUUAGAAAAAGAUGAAUCCUUGGUCACAUGUGGGCUAAGAGAGUUGGAAGAAGAGACUGGUAUUAGUUUUCAGCCAGGACAUGUAGAUUUGAAUAUAUUGUGUCUUUGGGAGUCUGUCUACCCAAUGAUGUUACCAUUUGGCCUUCCUCGUAGUCACCACAUUGUAGUAUACUUGCAUGGUAAAGCGCCCUACACAUCGAUUGAAUUAGCCUCAAGAAUCAAGUUGGACCCAGAAGAGGUAAUGGCCUACUCAUGGUUCACACCUGAAAUCAUCAAUAAAUUGAGGAAAGGGGAAGAAGAUUGCCUGGAUGUUUUUGUCCUUGAAGAUGGGUCUACAGGAAAAUUAAAGACUGAAUCAAUGGAAAUAAGUUCAAUGUUUAAAGGAGCAUUGCUGUGGACAUGUAGUGAAGUAUAUAGCGGUACUCAACAGGCACUAACACGAUGGUGUCUGUCAAAAACCUCUCCUGUAACAAGUAAAAUAUAGAAGGGAAAAAAAAAA